UUGGAAGCAAAGCUGCCCCAUACAGCCCGACAUCGAUUCGACCGCGAAGGAGAACCGAGCACCGGUUUGACAGUCGAUAUAAUCGGAGAGUCCAAUCCGCGGUGGUUCGACGAAAAGGGUGGAACGGCUGCUGGACGGCGAAGGGAUCCCGCGGCGCGUCCUGCCCGUCGCGCGAAUGUAACAGGGGGUUGCACGUUCCAUCCGGUGGCUGGGGAUUCACGCUCGGUCGGGUGAGCCGUGAGUUUCGGUGAGUUCCGCGCGAAAGUUGAGCUCGGAAUCAUGCAGAACUAUGGACACGAGGAUUACGAUUAUGGCGUGUCGAACGACCCGACUGCCCAACCGUCGGGCAGAACUCUCCCCCAAAUGCCGGGCGCCAGGCCAAAGGUGGACCCGCAGGCCGAGGGUGAGGUCGAUCCUACCAUGUACCCCCAACCGAAGGAGGCCACGCACAAGAUUCGCGGUAAGAGCGACAUCCUGGAGUACCUCUUCGGCACCGUCGACCAGGAACUCCUCACCGUAAAGACCUUCUACUUUUUCUUCUACUCGGCCUUCGGCUCCCUGUUCCCGCUUAUGGGGGUGUACUUCAAGCAGAUGGGCAUGAACGCGGGUCAAUGCGGCCUUCUUAUCGGUCUCAGGCCGUUCAUCGAAUUCAUGAGCGCUCCUUUCUGGGGCUCCUUGGCCGACAGAUGGCAAAAAGGCAAACUUCUUCUAUUGGCUUCCCUUUCUUGCUGGAUCAUUUUCACUCUACCGUUGGGCUUCAUUCAGCCUCCGCCCACCUCUUGCGUGGUCAGCAAUGACAGUUCUUAUUAUCUCGAGGCGUCCAACAAGGAACAAAGAAUUGUAAAAAGAUCGACCAACCUGGAUGAAUUGUACUAUCCCAAGAACAAAGAGGAGUAUCUGGAGGUCGCGUCCAACGUCGUCUUCGAGAGAUUACGACGAAGUACGGACGAUAACGAGAUACUUGACUAUAUGAAGAAACCGAAGGAAUUUGGAUUUUACGAUAUUGAGAGAAACGAUGUUAUAGAUUUCGAUAAUGAUGGCUCUACUAUGUACGAUCUGAGAAAUAAUAGAGUCAGGAGACAGACAUCCGUCACGGAUAAGGGCGAUGUAGAAAAUCUUGGAUACAAGUCACUGUCCGAAAGCAAUGUCGACGAUGCAGGGGGGAUCGAUUUUGAAACGUUGCAAAGGAAAAAUCGUCCAGCCGAUGUGUCGGAGUACAAACGCUUCAUGAUGAAUGAACCAAUGACUGACAGAACAGUUCCAAAGAAGGCUUACGUUCGCACCAAAACGCGCGUGAAACCACCGCCGGAGAAGAUAAUGGUAAAACGAGACGUAAAUAAGAGGCAAACAUUCUCGGACGAGGGUGACAAUGAAAAGGAAAACAAAAGAAACAUGGAUAUAUUAAUAAGGAGUCGCAGGAGCUUAAGAUCGCACGGGGGAGAGUUAUCUCCUCAGUCAGUUAGUAACGCCUUGAAUUAUAACGAAAGAGAGAAUAAAGAAUGGGUGAAGCCACUUUUCAGUUCUAUAGUCUACAGACUGCCGGAUAUUCAAAAAACAUUCUUCCUUCUGCUGUUGCUGGUAGUAGUCGGUGAAUUUUUUUCGGCACCUGCCAUAACAUUAGCCGAUUCAGCUGUUAUUACUUUACUCGGUGAAGACGCCGAUAGGUACGGUCAUCAACGCAUGUUUGGAAGUCUCGGAUGGGGCUUGGCCAUGUUCUUCGUCGGAAUCGCUCUCGAUCAUAGCACCGCAUUUCCGGAUCAUCCCUGUAGGCCUGACGAGAGAGAAAAAAAUUACACGAUUUGUUUUGCGAUAUUCAGCGUCUUAAUGGGUGCCGCGUUGAUAACGGCAACUCAAAUUAAUUUCAAGUAUGACUUUGCUCCCGCUGAGCCGGAGGUGGCGAAACCUCCAGCCGAGCCAACGCGGGAAGAGCAACUGCAAAGCCAGUUAUCCCAGCAGCUUAAUCUGCCUGGGCUCCAGGAUUCCUCCGCCGCUGUAGAUCCUAAGCCUCCGCCUCCCGAAGGGAAGACUAAAAUGUUCGCCCAAACGAUGAAGGAAAUACCGGAAUGGCUGGCAGUAAUAAAGCAAUUCAAGAAUUUAAAAUGCGCGUCGUUCCUCUUCGUCGCGUGGUUCAUGGGAUUUGGCAUUGGAUUGAUCUUCACUUUCCUAUUCUGGCAUCUUCAGGAUUACGGUGGUUCGCCGACUCUAUUCGGCGUUGCGUCUGUGAUCAAUCAUAUAUCCGAGAUCUUCGCGUAUUUCUUCAGUUUCAAACUUAUUCGACAGAUUGGACACGUUAAGGUAUUGUGUCUGGGCCUGGGCGGAAAUAUACUCCGAUUCCUCUACAUAUCUUGGCUGAAAAACCCAUGGUGGGUAUUACCCUUUGAAUUCAUUCAGGGUAUCACACACGCGGCGGUAUGGGCGGCGUGCUGCAGUUACAUCGCUCAUAAUACGCCGCCGCAAUUGCGUUCGAGCGCGCAGGGUGUACUUCAGGGACUUCACCAUGGGCUUGGAAGAGGCUGCGGUGCGGUAAUUGGUGGCAUGUUCGUCGCGGCUUACGGUACGACUGCGACUUUCCGAGUGUACGGUCUCAUCUGCAUCUUUGUCCUACUAGCCUUCAUGUUCAUCAAUUUCUAUAGAAAGGAUACCGGGUUCGUAUCCGAGCUGCCACAAACGGAAGAUCCGCACCAGGUAGCCGAGGCUACCCAUUUGGCACCGCACGGUGUACCGAGCAACGCUAUACCGCGUGCCCUAAGUUCCACUCGCUUGCACGAACUGGCUAAUCAGGAUGCUGGCUAUGGGGCGACUUAUCAGACCGCUGGCGGAAAUCUCGCGGUACCCGGUGCUAACGGAGGCCCUGGCAACCCAACGAAUCCGUUCUUAAACGGCGGAGGUGGCGGCGAAGGGGGAUAUAAUUACGGUAUGACUGGCAAGGGGGAGGACGAGUAUAUUCGUAGGAGCUUCCAGAUCUACAGUGAAGUGGUGGGUAGGGAAUUCGAUGUCGUAAAACCGACUAUCCAACUACACGCCCAACAACCAUGCACCAAUCCCUUUCAUCAACACGACUACGACUGGUAACGACUCGAUCUGUCGAUGCCGCGGGUUGUUCCCCACGACUACGAUAUACUGAAAUGUGAACGCUUGAGAAGACAUUACUGAACAAAUAGUAACGUAAAUAUAAAUAUCCAUACAGAUACGUAUGCGUGCAUAGGAAUCCACGUGCAAAGCCACCUGUAAUACAUAUAAUAAGAUUAACGAACUUUACAACUCGGAUUUAAACUUAAUCGUACUUAAAGUCUUUAACUUAGAGUCGCCGGUACGUCGUGGAGGGUCAUUCGUUAUGAGAUUUAUAAUAUUUUCAAGAUCAAACAUUAUGACGAUCUUUUGUAAUUUGAACAGUCGCUGAACAUUGUAGGUUGCGAAAAAAUUGACCUCGAAUUUUCGAACCAAAGGAUGUAUCGUUCAGGAUUCAUGCGCCUUCCUAUCUAACAUAUGUACAUGUGCGUGCGUUGUACGUGGAAACGUGACACGCAUACGUGCGGCGUACGUAUACAUGGACGUGCGUGCGGUCGUUUUUACGCCGCCGUUGUAUGGUAUGUAUCGAGAUGUACGUUGUGAUAAAAUAUCUACGGACGAGCGAAAAAGGAAAAGUGAAUCGACGCUUCUAAACCCAUUCAGUAGAUCUGCGAAAUCUUGACGACAGCCUUAUCGCCGUCCCCCUCUUUACUUACUCGUCCUGCGAUCCAUUUUUUGUUCACUAUAUAUUAUUUGUUGCUUCCUUCUGACUCUCUAAACGGAUGUUCACGAGUCGAGGGUAUCAGGGAAUUAGUGGUAAGACUAAAUCCAAAUUAAUCGAAAGUGCCUAUCGAAAGUUUCCUGAUGCCCUGUGCGACACGUUACUUCUAUUUCUGCCUGACGAUUCUUUUUACCUUCCCGUAUGUACGAUUAAGAAGGAAAAAUAAUCUCAUUGAUGAAUGUCGAAUUUAUUAGUUCGAAUAGACCUUUUGGAUGUCAUGUGGAAUCAUGUUAAGAGCCGCGAGGCGACAGGAUACUUUCUAUUAUAUAUAUAUAGAUAUUCUCGCGAAUAUUUAUUUCUCAAAUAUCCAGAAUAUCAGAACAUCUAGAAUAUUAUUCUAUAUAUAAUAUUAAAUAUUAAAAGAUAUAUAUGUAUCAGAAAUGUCACUAAUAGAGGUUUUAGCGCGCUGUUAAUUUUCUUAGAGUUUUAUCAAGUUUAAGUCCUCGAAGUUCUCUUAGGCUAAUUGAUUGUUUUUGUUUAGGCUGUAUUUUUUAAUGACGUUUGUACGAAAACAGAAGCCAGUUAUGUUAUUAUAUAAUUGUUUUUACCAUACAUGUUAUAGAUUUCAUAAAUACCGGUUGCGUUUUGUGGUAACAUUCAAAUAGCGAUUGGUGUUUGCACUACAGCGAAAUAGCUAUACGUCGCACUCACUUUGAAAAAGCCAUUCAAAUGCCACCCAAAGCGGUGGUGGUCGUUAAGAAAAUGUAACAUACACGAUUUAACAAAUCGUGAGAUUUCAUCUAGGCGAGACGUGUCUAAAUCGGCGGAAACCGAAGAUAGAAAAUUAAUAUACAAAAGAAACUAGGAGGCCUGCAAGAUUUGAUACGACAAAUAUAAGUAUCGUAGCAGAUCCAUUGAUCUCAUCGAUAAUUUAAACGGUAAUUUAAAAGAGAACGUGUACGAGCUAAAUUAAUUAAAGAGACAAUUUGUGUCACCUGUAAAUAUUCUACAUGCUCUUAAGUAUAGACUCUACUAUUCACUUGUUUUCACUUGUUUUCUGUUUUCAAACAGAUUGUUGAUCGUUAUUUACAAUCCACGUUACGAUUAUCCGCAUUAACUUCUUAAGAUCUAUUAAAUGAGCUUUAUCUAUUAAAUACUUUUAUUGUAUGUAUAAGGUAUAUGUUGUGUGAGAAAACUGUAUAAUACUGUUGAAAAAGAAAAACGAAAAAAUUAGUAGUAAAAUAUAUAUACAAACAUAUAUACAUAUAAAGAUUGUAGCAGCACGAUUUUAUCUACUACCGAGGCCGGGAAUACGAGAGUCGCCUUCUAUUUCACGCGCGCUUCUACCGGGGGACUCGCUAUUAUUCGAGGCACAAGAACAAAUAGAAGUAUGCAAUGUAUCACUACUCUUUUAAUUCGAAUAUUAUUCCGGGAAUACCUCUGCAAAAGAAUCAUACGUAUACUGUAUACGUAGUGCCUCGCAAACCGUAUGUUAACCGAUAACAAAGUUCCGACUAAGAGAUGAAUGUUAGUAACAUUUUUGGCAAUCUUAUUUUUUUUUUCGAGUUGUCGAAAACCUUGUUCUCGUUUGGAGAACGAACGAUUUGCCAUCUUCUCGACGGAUAAAGUACGGUCUGCGAAACACCGGAGGAGUGUAACGCCAUAAGUGAUAUUUCUUGUAUCGGUAAUCACACACAUCGAUGUUUUGUGGACAGCCAGAUUAUACCAUGUUAUAAAGACUGAAAUAUAAAAUGUCUUACGCACGUAGCAACCGAUUCAAGAAGGCACUAUGGACACGCGUGUGUGCGUAUUUGUAUUAUAAAUUAUAUAUAGUCACAAUUAUAUAUAUAUACAGAUAAUAUAUAUAUAUAAUGUAAUGUACGAUGAAUAUCCGACUGUGUAUCGUGUAUGUUAGCAGGGACGUUAUACCAAUUAGAUUCGUACCACGAAGAUAAUCUGCUCUUACAUUAUACUUCUGGAUAUCUUAUGGAGUUGCUAGCUCAUCCAUAUUAUGCGCGUUAAAGCGGUCUUUCAUUAGACGUAUUGAUUUUUUUCAUAUGUUUAACACACGUUACGUUGUUGACAGUUGAAUCAUGUUAGUAUCUCAGAUAUCUCUCCGAUUAGACUUUUAACUGGAUCGAUUUCAGUUGGAAUAGAACUGUAACUUAUAUUAAGUUGCGAUGUAACAUAACUUCGCGAAAGAUUUCCUUCGAGUUUCCCUGAAUUGUCGUAGUGGUACUUAUACAUACGUUAAGUAUAUGCUUGAAACUCAAUAUUGUAACAAUUUUUACCCCGCAACUCAUCCGAAGAUAUAAAUGAUGCUGCCACCGCGGCGACGUAAAUCAUAGCGCACCAAACUAUAGAUCUUCUAACACACGUCUCUAACCGAAGUCAGUUUUAAUGUCAUCGUAGAAAUUGUGUAAGGGAAAACAGACAUAUGUAUAAAGAAAAGGAGCUGUAAGUAUUAUUGUAAUCCCUUUUCUCGGGGAACACAGCAAAAAAAAAAAAAA